CACCUUACGUCACUACCGCACCUGCGCAGCCAUCUUGAGCCUGUCUCCAGCAGCGGACACCGAGUCAGAAACGGAUAUAAAUAACCGGAGUAACGGAGAAAACGGGUAAAUGUUCUGUUCAUUAUAGUUAACGUUGAAGUCUAAAGAUCUAAACAGCAGACCGAGCAGCGGAGACCGUGAAACGUCAUCAAAGUGCCUGUAAUACCGGAGCCUCAGCUAUCUCUGCCGUAGGAACACCGGAGGAGGAUGAACCCGGAAUAUGACUAUCUGUUCAAGCUCCUGCUCAUCGGAGACUCUGGUGUGGGAAAAUCCUGUCUUCUGCUGCGUUUUGCUGAUGACACCUACACAGAGAGCUACAUCAGCACUAUAGGUGUUGACUUUAAGAUCCGUACCAUCGAGCUUGAUGGGAAGACCAUCAAACUGCAGAUUUGGGACACUGCAGGUCAGGAGAGGUUUCGAACCAUCACCUCCAGUUAUUAUCGAGGAGCUCAUGGCAUCAUCGUGGUGUAUGAUGUCACAGACCAGGAGUCGUAUAAUAACGUGAAGCAGUGGCUGCAGGAGAUCGAUCGUUAUGCCAGUGAGAACGUGAACAAGCUGCUGGUUGGAAACAAAUGUGACCUGACCACCAAGAAGGUGGUGGACUACACCACAGCCAAGGAAUUCGCAGACUCUCUGUCCAUUCCGUUUUUGGAGACGAGCGCUAAAAAUGCGACAAACGUGGAGCAGGCAUUCAUGACGAUGGCGGCAGAGAUCAAGAAGAGAAUGGGCCCUGGGGCCACGGCAGGGGGGGACAAACCUAACCUGAAGAUAGAGAGCACACCUGUCAGGCAGUCAGGGGGAGGCUGUUGUUAGAGGAGUCCACCACACAUCCCUCACCCGCCUCACCCACCGAAUAUCUCCUCCAUUAGCUCCACUGCCCCCCCCCCUCCCCUCUCUUUCACUAAAAAGCUCCCCACACAAACACACACGCACGCACACAUGCACACACACGCACAGAAUGAAAGAGGGAGACAGAGACUGACAUAGUGAAACAGAGACAGGGUGAGACUGACCUGUCUCUCUGCCUGAAGACUGCAGGGUUAGGUUAUCUGUGUUUCAUCGUUUGAGGUUAUUUAGAGUUAAACGGUUUAUUCCCCCUCUCUCUACGUCUUUACCUCCAUCAGCAGGAACACGUUCAAGUUAAAUUGGAGGAUCUGCUUGUAAGGGUCUGGGACUGGGUCUGGUUCAAACAUUCUGUCCCAGAGAAACAGAAUCCUCCAAGCAGCUGUAUCAUUGAGUUUCUCACCGAAGCCUACAUCAUGGUUAGUUUUAUUUCCCUUCAGCUCUCAUUUUACCAACCCGACCCUGAACUCGUCCUAAAGCGACCCUCUGUCACUUCCUAUCCUUAGCUAACUAGCCCUGUUCCUGCAGAUUCUAACACUGAUUCCAACGCAGCAGUGCUGUUUUUGAUUUAGAGGAGCUCUUACAAAGGUAGGGAGAGAGUCCCACGGAGGAAGAGUUUGUUCAACCUGAGGAGGGUUAAAGGAGUCCUUGAGUGAUUUCACACCUGGAGGCUGGGGAUGACUUAUUUAAAUAACCCAACACGUUAUGUCACGGGAACCAUGAGCCCGAGAGCGGUGUCAAUAACCUGAAACCAGAUCCUCAAAAGAACCGGGUUCACCCCGAUCACUAUACAGAGGCCAGUUCUGAUCCAGGUGUUAGUCUGCUUCAUGGGGGGCAGGGACUGACUGGUUCUGACCGGGUAUGAACUCCCAGCCCCUCCUUACAAAUGCACAUUCACUCACACAAACACACACACACACACACACACACACACACACUCUCGUACACACACACACACACACACACACACAAACUCAACUGGAUGUUUUACGGUUUGAUGCCUGAGGUUUUUGUCUUUUUAACAUCUUGAAGCUGAUUUUAAUGUUUUUAUUUAGAAUGUUUUUAUUGUCCGACCCUGAGAGGAGACACCUGGGGAGGAUCAGGAUCACAGGGGAAAUGGGGUGUGGGGGGGGGGGGGGGUCUUUGUCAAGAAUGUUGAAUGUUUUUUUGGGGGUGUUUUUGGUUCUUGGGGUUUUCAUUUCUUUUGCACACACACUCUCAUGUUCUUCAGACUUCUCAGAGACUUGAAGGUGAGCUCACCUGUCACUCACCUGUAGUCUGUUCACUUUGAUCAUGUUGUUUUUCUGUACAUAUUAUAAAUAUAUCUAUAAUAAAAUACUGAAAACAUCCA